AAAGUCUCCGGGAUUCAUCAGGUUACAGCUGCAGCAGGUGUGAGCCUCGUUCAUUAAGGUGAAUAAAGACAGAGCGAUGACUGUGAUCACUGUGGCGAUGGACAGAAACAGCAUGUUUCCCCUGGUGUUUCAUAUCCGCAAAGCUUGUCUCUACAGUACCAUGAACCGCUCUGUGUACACAGGGAUGAUGCAGAUCAGUGCAACUUCAGCCCUAGGGAUGAUGCAGAUCAUGGUGGGUGUGUUCAACAUUGGACUAGGGCCGGGACGAAUGAGCAGAUAUCCUGGGGAUUUCAGUGAUCUGAGGGCUGCUUACUGGCUGGGUGGUGUGUGUACGGGGGAUACAACGACCUGCCAUGACUGCAGCCUGACCAUCUGCUACCAACUGGUCAGAUGGAUUUCAGACAUAAUCGAGUUCCUUGUGUCUGGACUUUCAACUUUCGCUGCCGGCCGAAUCUCCACAUUUUAUUGGAUGGUGUUUGCUGUGUUCCUGAACAUACUGGCAUUUGCCUUUUCCAUCAUUGGUAUUGUGAUUUACAGCGUUGACCUGAGCAGAACAAUUUCUGCCAAUUAUUGUGGCGGGGGUCAAUCCAACUGUUCAUAUGUGGAGAACUUCUUUAAGCGUUUGGUGGUAGGUAUGGACAUCUCCAUGAUUGUCCAGUCUGUGGUUCAGCUGUCUGCCUCCAUUAGUUUUGCUGUUCUGGGAAUCAAAGCUCUGAUCAUCACAGAGAGGGAGGAGGAAAUUCAGGAGGACCCUGGUCAGCAGAUCGACCUGUUCCAACCAAAGUUAAAGGUGCACUGUAUAAAAGUGGAAAAUUUUAGCAACAUCUAGCAGAUUCUACAUUGAUUCUACAACAUCUAAAUACAUAAAUCCAAGGUAGUGGACUCUAUGGAGGGAACCCUCUGUAUGUAUGGAAAAAAAACCCUUUUCUAAGUUGAUAAUAAAACAAUUUUAAGUAUUCGGGUGAUAAAACACCAAUUUUGAUAGGCCUAAUUAUCAGUAUUAUGUUUUAUUUUUACAAAGUUUGUUCUGCUAAAUACUACUUGGCUAAAUAUUACACACUGCACCUUUAAAGAAAGCCAACUUAUCCAAUGCUGCAGCCUAAAACCAUCCAAAUGCAGAUGUGUGAGCAUAAUCAUAAACCAAUCAUUUCACUGCUUUUACAUACAUCAGCUUUACAGUAACCCCUUUUAUGGUAUUAACACUUUUUAUGACUUUUAUUUGAUAUAUUCCACUCCAAGGUUUGAAGUAUAUUUUUUAAAUGUCUCAUAUCUC